GUUUUUUAAAGAAGGCAUUGUAAUCUGGUUCAGCGCGCUCUUCGAUACGCGUCUGUUAGUAAAUCUUAUUUUUUUAAUUAUCUCAAUUGUUUACUCGAUAAAGGCGAUAAAUCAAGAAACAACUACGAAAUGAGUAAUUUUGCUAACAAAAGAAAACCCGGUCCAAGUGGUUCAACAAACGGCACUGGAGGAGAGAAUAAAAAACCAAGGAACUUUGAUGAUGACGAUGAAGAUGUGGGGGGAGGAUUUGAAAUGGAUUUUAACAAUGAUGACAUGGAUAUGACCCAACUACUUGGUGAUGGACCGGAAAACCAACAAACUUCCGUUAAAUGGUCACGCGUUGAUCCCCCCGAACUGGAUCCGGAAACAGACAAUUUGGUUUUUCAACAAAUCGAUGUUGAAAAUUAUGUUGGUUUUCCCCUGCCCGGUAUGCCAGGUGCCCGUUUGGGACCAGUGCCAGUGAUACGCAUGUAUGGCAUUACAAUGGAAGGCAAUUCAGUUUGUUGUCAUGUCCAUGGUUAUUGUCCGUAUUUCUAUUUAUCUGCACCCAACGGGUUUGAACAAAAAGAUUGCUAUAAGUUCCGAGAAGCCUUGGAUAAAAAAGUCCUUGCGGAUAUGAGAAGUAAUAAGGAUAGUGUACAAGAGGCCGUCUUGAAGGUGGAGUUGGUGGAACGUUUAAAUAUUUAUGGCUAUCAGGGUGAUAGCAAACAGCGGUAUAUAAAAAUUACCCUAUCGAUGCCAAAAUUUGUUGCUGCCGCUUCCCGCCUUUUGAAGAGAGACAUCAUUUAUGGCGAUUUUGAUUUUCAAGAUUGUCGUGCCUUUGAAAAUAACAUAGAUUUUGAUAUACGUUUUAUGGUGGACACGGGAGUGGUGGGCUGUAAUUGGAUCGAAUUGCCAGCAGGAACAUGGAGGUUGAGAGGACGUAAUUCAAAACCUCUGCCAGAAAGUCGUUGCCAAAUUGAAGUGGAUGUGGCUUUCGACAAAUUCAUAUCGCACGAACCGGAGGGAGAAUGGUCUAAAGUGGCACCAUUCCGUAUUUUGUCCUUUGACAUUGAAUGCGCUGGUCGCAAAGGAAUUUUUCCAGAGGCGAAAAUGGAUCCCGUCAUACAAAUAGCCAACAUGGUCAUACGUCAGGGUGAUCAUGAACCAUUUAUACGCAAUGUCUUUACCUUGAAUACUUGUGCUCCGAUUGUGGGUAGUCAAGUUUUGUGUUUCAAUACCGAAACCGAGUUAUUGGACAAAUGGUCAAGUUUUGUAAGAGAAGUUGAUCCGGACAUAUUGACGGGAUAUAACAUCAAUAACUUUGACAUACCCUAUCUGCUGGACCGAGCAGCCCACCUGAAGGUCAAGAAUUUUGAAUACCUGGGAAGAAUAAAGAAUAUACGUUCCGUGAUUAAGGAACAGGUGUUGCAAUCCAAGCAAAUGGGAAGACGUGAAAACAAAUAUGUUAACUUUGAGGGUCGGGUGCCAUUUGACCUUCUGUUUGUCUUGCUAAGAGACUACAAACUGCGUUCGUAUACCCUGAAUGCAGUUUCCUAUCAUUUUCUGCAAGAACAAAAGGAAGAUGUCCACCAUAGUAUUAUAACAGACCUACAAAAUGGCGAUGAGCAAACAAGGCGUCGCCUGGCCAUGUACUGUCUGAAGGAUGCCUAUUUGCCUCUGAGACUUUUGGAUAAACUCAUGUCCAUUGUAAAUUACAUGGAAAUGGCAAGGGUAACAGGUGUGCCGCUGGAAUCUCUUUUAACUCGAGGUCAACAAAUCAAAGUAUUAAGUCAGCUGUUAAGGAAGGCCAAGACCAAAGAUUUCAUAAUGCCGUCGUAUUCAUCACAGGGUUCGGAUGAGCAAUAUGAGGGAGCCACGGUCAUUGAACCGAAAAGAGGUUACUAUGCAGAUCCCAUAUCUACGCUGGAUUUUGCCUCCCUAUAUCCCAGUAUUAUGAUGGCUCACAAUUUGUGCUACACGACAUUGCUGCAACCGGGCAUGAAGGAUAAACUGGGUCUCAAAGAUGACGACAUUGAACGAACACCUUCAAAUAACACUUUUGUAAAGGCCACUGUGCGAAGAGGUCUGUUGCCCGAGAUUUUGGAGUCGCUUUUAGGUGCGCGUAAAAGGGCCAAGAACGAUUUGAAAGUGGAAAAGGAUCCUUUUAAGCGUAAAGUGUUGGAUGGUCGUCAAUUGGCUUUGAAGAUGUCCGCCAACUCUGUCUACGGUUUCACCGGGGCUCAGGUUGGUAAAUUGCCCUGUUUGGAAAUAUCCGGCUCGGUUACCUCCUACGGUCGUACCAUGAUUGAAAUGACCAAAAACGAAGUGGAAAGCCACUACACCCGAGCCAAUGGCUAUGAGAAUGAUGCUGUGGUCAUUUAUGGUGACACCGAUUCUGUCAUGGUCAACUUUGGUGUGAAAUCUUUGGAACGAUCCAUGGAAUUGGGUCGAGAGGCAGCCGAUUUGGUAUCUUCGAAAUUUGUGCGGCCCAUUAAAUUGGAAUUCGAAAAGGUCUACUAUCCAUAUUUGUUGAUCAAUAAGAAACGCUAUGCUGGUCUGUAUUUUACCAGGCCGGAGACCUACGACAAAAUGGACUGCAAAGGUAUUGAAACCGUGCGCCGAGAUAAUUCACCUUUGGUGGCAAAUUUAAUGAAUACCUGCCUGCAAAAGUUGCUUAUCGAAAGAAAUCCCGAUGGUGCGGUGGAGUAUGCCAAACAAACCAUAGCCGAUUUGCUUUGCAAUCGUAUAGAUAUCUCACAGUUGGUUAUAACCAAAGAGUUGGCCAAAACUGAUUAUGCCGCCAAGCAGGCUCACGUUGAGUUGGCAAAUAAAAUGAAGAAACGUGAUCCCGGAACAGCACCCAAACUUGGUGAUCGUGUGCCAUAUGUUAUAUGUGCAGCAGCAAAGAAUACUCCGGCCUAUCAAAAGGCGGAAGAUCCCUUAUAUGUGUUGGAGAACUGUGUGCCCAUAGAUUCGAAUUACUAUUUGGAACAGCAGCUGUCAAAACCUUUGCUGCGUAUUUUUGAGCCCAUCUUGGGAGAUAAGGCGGAAUCGAUUUUAUUGAAGGGAGAACAUACCCGUACCCGUACUGUGGUCACCUCCAAGGUUGGUGGCUUGGCUGGUUUCAUGACCAAGAAAUCCUCGUGUUUGGGCUGUAAGGCCCUCAUGCCCAAGGGUUAUGAAAAUGCUCCUUUGUGCCCACAUUGUGAACCCAAAAUGGGUGAACUCUAUAUGAAGGAGGUGGUGGCCAAACGACAAAUGGAGGAGACCUUUUCACGGCUCUGGACGGAAUGUCAACGUUGUCAGGGUAGCUUGCAUGAAGAGGUACUGUGCUCCAAUCGGGAUUGCCCCAUAUUUUAUAUGCGACAAAAAAUACGCAUGGAUUUGGAUACACAAGAGAAACGUGUUAGGCGUUUCGGUUUGCCCGAAUGGUAAAAUGAUGUUAGUGCGAGAGAGGGAGAGAGAUUUGCUUUUGAAUGUUUUGAAUCUUUCUCAGUACGGUUUAAGUUAUUGUCUAAGAUUGUUUGAAAUAAAUUUUCUAAGUUUU